GAAGAAGAAGAGACACUUAAGAAACCCAAUGCUAAUUCUGUAGCAUUAGGAUAUAAAAUCUAGCAAUACUAUUAUUCACUGUUCAGAGUAAUAUUAGUCCAGUCUCUUAAUUUCAAUUUCAGCAUGCGUAAAGAUAAGGACAGCUACUACAAAGAGAAUGAGAAACACUAUUGUAGUCAUUAUUGGCUUCUCCAAUAUCAGAUCUUGAAGACCUAAAAAGCCUUCAUCAUCCUGUAAUGAUUUGAUUAGUUCUAUAAUAUGCAGUAUGUAUUCAAUGUGUGUGAAGAUGGGGACAACUAUUUGGAAGAAAACUAGAGACAAUAAGAUAGAUAGUGAAGAUCUCCAGUGGCCUUGCUUUGAAAUCUGCAUUUCUUUAAAUUGUUUCUUUUUGAACUGUUGUUUCUGUUUUGAUAUGUUUAAUCUUACCCUCUUCAAGAUAAAAAACAAGUUUGUAGGACUGAUAACCAUAUUAGUAAGAUUUUGUUGGAUCAUUGAGCAGAACUGUUGGCAAUGUCACUAUUUGAAUGUCACUUUACAUACUUUAAUUUUGUAACCUGAACAACUAUUUCUAAGAUGACAGUAUUUAACUUAUCAGCUGGUGAUUUCUUACUGUUUAUUUUUCUGUAAUUCUGUAUUAUUUCUACCCUUUUUUGUCCAUUUUUUUGUUGAUCUUUAAAUAAAAAAUACAGUCAUAGAUUUAUUUCUAAGAUUAUUUAUAUGCCAAAUUUAUAAAAGAAUAACUGUUUAAUUUUGACAUCUAUUUGUGCAGAUGCUAAUUGGUACUUAUUUGCUUUUUAGAUAAUGGAUUCUACAUCUCUGUUACCAGCAUUUUUAGAUGUGGAUUUGACAGUAUCACGUAUUGAAUGUUGUUCCAAGGAUAUUCUUGUGAAAUUUCAAGGCAGAAAAAAUGGUGAAUGUGAGUUUGACUACCACAUAUUGCAGAGAGAAAUACAGCAUAUUCCAAAAAUAAAAGAUAAUGUGGACAUCUUUGAGUUUUGUUUAGUGGAAGAAAGAAUAACUGGAGAAUGGCAGAGAGGAAGAGUCAUGAAAAAGAAAAAUGAACUCUAUACAGUGCUCCUUAUAGAUCAAGGAGAAGAAUUAACAGUUGAUAGUACACAGGUUGCUUCAGCCUGUAAUAAUAUAUUUGAUCUACCACCACGGGUAGUGUUUGGUAUUUUUGCCAACAUUCUUCCAGUUGGAGAAAAGUGGUCUUGUAAGGCUUUGAAUUACUUCCAGUCUUUAGUAGGAAUACAACUGAAAGGUCAUGUGCAGGCUAUUUUGCCUCUGCAAAUGAUUCUUCUUGAAGUGCCACAAGUUAUAUCCUGGGCUCUUGAGUUACAAUUAGGAAGAUUUAUUGAUGGAGAUUCAUUUCGUCUUAUUGUUGAAAUGUUAAAAGAAUUUCCUCAAAAAAUGCCUGAUUUACUACAAGAUGAAAGAACUAGAUUGUCAUUAAGUGAUUAUGACAAUUUACUUGACAUUCAACAUAUUUUGGAUAAUUUGCAGCCAUCUUUAUCAGAAGGAAGUUUUGAAAGUGUCAGGAUAUCAUCUGCAUUGAGUCCAAAUAAAUUUUAUUGUCAGUUGGUUAAAUGGAUUCCAGAGCUAGAAAACCUGACAGUGUGUAUGACUCUACAUUAUGAUAUUAUUAGUCAAGAAACUAGUCCCAACUGUGAUAAUUUUGGACUACUUUGUGUUGCGAAAAGCAGAAAUGGACAGUGGCGUAGAGGAAUUCCUCAGCAGCUCUUGCCCAAUAAUCAAGUAAAAAUUUGGUUUAUGGAUUAUGGCAGUUGUGAGACUAUACCUUCAAUUUAUGUAAAGAAACUGAAACAGGAUUUUAGUUUAGUACCAUUAUUUUCAUUUCCAUGUUCCCUGACGUAUUUACACAGUUCGGAUAGAGAUGUACGAAAACUUCAAUUGAGUGUAUUUAAACAGGCCUUGUUAGGACAAACAGUAUAUGCACACAUUGAUAGGUUCAAUAAGGAUGAACAUUUGUAUUAUGUGACAUUACAGACUCUAGAAUCUACAGUUAAUUCUGAGUGUCUGCUAAAGACUAUGGGCACACAAAUAUUUUGUCCAAUGACUAGAUCAAAACUCUCCAACAUCUCAAGUGAGCCAGGUGCUUAUGAUAUAAACAGCUUUGCAGUUGAGAGUUUUGUUGGAAAUACUGAACAAUCAAUAAAUUGUUUAAAUAAAAAUGAUAUUUUAAAAGUAGGUUGUUCGGUUAAAACUGUAGAAAUGGUGGUGAAGACUGUCUAUGUAGCUUUUGUGUCAUAUGUAUUAAACCCCUCAAAUUUCUGGGUACGUACUAAUAACCAUCAGAAUGAAUUUCAAGAUAUAAUGAAAAAUAUAAAUAAAUGUUAUGAUUCAUGUGAAAAUGAUGAACUGAUUCUAAGAAAUCCUAAGCCUGGAAUGUUUUGUUGUGCUAGAUACAGCAAGGACAGAUGUUUUUACAGAGCGCUCAUCACUGAAAUUAAUGAUUGUAAGGCUAAUGUGUAUUUUUUAGAUUAUGGAAACACCGAUUCCAUACCUUUCUUUGAUGUGAAAAUUUUGCUUCCAGAAUUUUGUGAAUUGCCUGCUUUAGCCAUGUGCUGUUCACUUGCACAUACAAUUCCGGUUGAAGAUUUAUGGGUAAAGGCAGCAGUUGAUUAUUUUAAAAAAAUUGUUUUGCACAAAGAAAUUUUGCUUCAAGUUAUAAGAAAAAAAGAAGACAAGUAUACUGUAAAUAUUCAAAGUAUUGAAUCCUCAGAAGAUACUGAUGUUGUGUCUCUUAUGUCAAAAGCUGGAUAUGCAGAAUAUUGGGAAAUAGAGCCAGAAUAUUUCCCAGAAUCUGUAACUGAAUGUUCAGUGUUAAAUUUAAAGUCUAAAAGGAAAGUCAGUACUAAGAACAUCACAUCUGCCCUUCUUGAAAGACCUAAACCUAAAAAACACCUGUCAAAUAAGUUUGAAGAAAAAAGUUUAUCUUUGUGCAAAUCCCAAGCUGUUAAUUUCUUAGAGUUAAAAAAUCCUUUCAUUUUAUCUUUGGAAUCUGAUUCAUCAAGGCCUUAUAAGGAACAUAUAUUUAAACCAGGAACUGUUCUUGAAGUUAAAUGUUCUCAUUACUAUGGCCCAAGUGACUUUUCCUGCCAACUCCAGUGCAAGUUAGAAGACCUAAAGUUACUGAUGGAACAAAUUCAGAGUUAUUAUAGCAUUCAUUCUGACCCUUACCAGAUUGGGCAGAUUGCUUGUAUUGCUAAAUAUUCCAAAGAUGGGAAGUGGUAUAGAGCUGCUGUUUUGACUCAGGUAUCAAACAAAGAAGUUGAUGUAAUAUUUGUGGACUAUGGUUACCAAGAACGAGUUUUAAUUAAAGAUCUUUGCGCUAUUAAUCCACAUUUUCUUUUUUUAGAAGGCCAAGCUUUCAGAUGUUGUCUUAGCCAUUUACUUGAACCAGUUAGCUAUAAAUCAUUCUGUUGGACAAGAAAAGCAUCCAGAGACUUUGGACUUUUUAUUUCUUCCUCUAGAGGGUUACUGACUUGCAUAAUUUAUGCCCUAGGUCUUAUACAGCCUAAUUGUUUAUAUAAUUUAGUGGACUUGCAGUCUUCAUUUACUAGUGCAAAAGAAUUUCUUACCAGUCAUGGGUCAGUACAAUAUAGCACAUUAUCAUAUCCAUUGCCAUAUUCAAUUAGUCUGUACAGUUAUUAUUAUUCUUCCUUUAAUAUAAAAAUUGGAAGUGAAGAAGUAGUAUAUAUAUCUCACAUAUGUAGUCCCCAAAAGUUUUAUUGCCAACUUAGUAGAAAUUAUAAAGAUUUAGACAUGCUGAAAACAAAAAUCAUAGAGAUGAUUAGCCUAAAAAAUUGCCCAAAGUAUGAUUCUAGUAAAAUGAGACUGUGUAUAUCUAAAUAUGCAGAGGAUGGUCUCUCAUACAGAGUACUAGCAAAACCAACGGGUUCAUCGUCUGAAUUUCUAGUGUAUUUUGUGGACUUUGGAAAUAAACAAUUAGUCCAAGAAAAUAUGUUGGUGGCUAUUUCAGAUCAGUUUCCAGAGUUGCUGUUUACACCUAUGCAAGCUGUUAAGUGUUUUUUGUCAGAUCUUAGAGAUACAGAGACUCCAGAAGAAAUCAAUAACUGGUUUGAAAACAAAUUUUUGGGAAAAUCAUUAAAGGCCAUGAUACUUUCCAGGGAGUCAGAUGGCCAGCUUGGUAUAGAGUUAUAUGAUGGGUGUCAACAUGUAAAUCAGAAAAUUAAAAUACUGCUUCAUAAUUAUAGAAAAAAACAUUUUGAUCAAGGACAAUAUGUGGAAAAGGAUCAUAAUUUAAAUAAGAAUAAGAGACAUGCUGUUUCUCAGAAAGGUAAAAUAGAAUACAACUAUCACCAUAAUAUGAUAAAUAACACUAAUCUAGUAACAUAUUCUGAAAACAAAAUAGACCAGUUAAUGCAUCGCAGAAGUACAUAUGUCAAGCUUUUGAAACCACCAUUUUGUUAUAAAAUUGAACCAGUGUCCAAAAACAAAGUGAAGUUGUUGAAUGAUGGACUUAAAAAUAAAGGUAUAAAAGUUAUCCAUGGAUCUAUACACAUUCUUAAUGAAAGUGAUAUGGGACAGAAAUCAGUAAAGGUUGUGUCACAGUCAUUUAUCAGAGGGUUAAAUCAAGCAAUCUCAGAAAAUUCACAUAAUUUAAUUAGACCACAGAUCAAAGAUCUUCCUGAACCCAAAAUUUACUUGAAUGCCCAAGUAAAAGGGUAUGUAUCCAAUAUCAACAAUCCAGCAAGUUUCCAUAUUCAGCUUGCUGAGAAUGAAAAGAUUAUCCUAAGACUCGCAGAUGCUCUAAAUGGAAGGGCAAAUAGAGUGAAAGAACAAAGCUCAGUUAAACUUUCGUUGAAAGACCUUGUUGUUGCAGAGUACCCUGGUGACAAUGCCAUUUACAGAGCAGUUAUUAAGAAAAUUUUGCCAGAAAAUACUUUUGAAGUGGAAUUUAUUGAUUAUGGUAAUACUGCUAUAGUGAACAGAUCUAAAAUUUAUGAACUUAAGACGAAAUUCUUAACUAUUCCUCAACUGGGAAUCCAUUCUUUUCUCAGUGGAAUAAAAUGGAAUGAGCCUGCUCAAAUAUGGGACAGUAAAACUGUGGAUUAUUUUGCCUCAGUAGUAAGUAAAAAAAUAGUGUCUUGUGAAUUUUUGAAAAAGCAUGACCAGAAAUGGGAAGUUAGUAUAAUUUGUGAUGAAAAAUGUGUCAUCAGUGAACUACUUAAAUGGACAGCAUAUUGGAAACCACAGAAGACAGUAUUGCGAAGGCCUUCGGUUGGCUCUCAGAGUGUGAGCCAUGAUGAAGAUAAGGAAGUGAUAAAGGGAAGAUCUAAUGAAUACGAAGAGUCUUCGAUCCUUCAACCCUCUUCCCAGCAGCCCGUUAAAAUUCCCUUUGAACAGUUAAAACCUGGACAACUUGAAAAAGCCAAAAUACUUUGUGUUUCGAAGAGUGGAAGAUUUUAUGUGAAGUUAUUAAAGAAUAAAAACAUCUUAUCAGAUUUAACUGUAUUAGUUACUAAAGAAGAAGAAAGCACCUCAUCAGUGGAAAAUACUGAAGAAGACUUAGAAUGUUUGGCAAAAUCUAAAAAAUCUUUGAAGUGGUAUCAAUCAAGAGUAGAGAAGAAGUGUGUUGAUGAAAAUGUGCUUGUUUUUUUAGUAGAUCAUGGUAGGUAUGAAACGGUGCCUCUAAAUAAUACCAGAGUGCUUUGUAAUGAAAUCAUAAAUAUUCCAAGACAAGCUGUGCCUUGUAAAUGGAUUUGGUUUGAAAAUUCUAAGAGUAUACCUUUUGAGUCCAUUGUGUAUUUAUUUCCUCAUUUUGAAGUAAGUAUCCUUUUCCUAAAAUAUUUAGACACUGCUUGGGAAGUAGAUAUUUUGUUAAAUGGUGUGCUACUUUUAGAAUAUUUCAGCCCAAAUACAAUUAAGGUUGAAGAAAACAAAGUUCAGUCUUCAGGAAUUAUUUUCAGCAUGGAAUCUCUGGCUCUUAUGUCACCAUGUGGAGUAAGACCCUUUACUUGGACACAGCUUCAAAGUGGUGGGCAGCAUUGUGGUAUCGCUACUGCUGUUUCUGAUCCAUCAGACUUCUGGGUUCAGCUAGAAGAUUUUUUUGACACAAUGAAGUAUCUCUUUGUGUUGCUUUCUGAUCUACCAGAAACCUUAGAAACAUUACCUCAAGAGCUCAUUAUUCCUGGUUGUAGUUGUUUAUUGAAAUGUGAAAUGGAAGAUCAAUGGAAUAGAGUAGAAAUUUCUGAAGUCUCUGAUCGGCUUUUGCUUCUUAAGCUGGUUGACUAUGGCUUUUCUUUUUAUAUACCUUAUUCAGGUAGAAAAAAUCUUAAAGUUGUUCCUGAGGAACUUUUGAAUUUGCCAAGGUUAAGUUAUCCAUGUAUCUUACAUGGCAUUUUACCUGUUACAGGAAAACAUUGGAAUGAAAAAGUCAAAAGCUUUUUAAAUGAUUUUCUAAGCAAACCAGGCUUAGUUUUUCAGUUUCGAGAAUGUGAUUUUAAAACAAAACUGAAGGUAGAUGUCAUUCAUGGGACAAAGAGUUUGACAGAUAUACUAGUUGCAUCUGGACUUGCAGUGUAUUCUGAGGAUUCAGCUGAUCUUGAUGUAAUUACUGCUACUGGAUGUACUAAAAUCCAAGGUGGGUUAUGGAAUAAAGCUGUUUGUCCUGUGUUAAAUCACGAUUGUGACAAAAUACAAAGUGUGAAUUGUAUAUGCACUGAGAAACAAAAGCUAAAGAAAUGGAAACCUUUGAAGAGGAAAGUCCAUAAACUCUUCUUUAAGAGAAGCCAUGUCAGUAACAAAUUACAUUUUAGAAAUUUAAAAUUGAGAAAUAAAGGUCGUAAUAGAAAACAUAGUACUCAGAGUACCACUACGUUUGAUACAUGUGGAGUGGCUUCAUUUUGGGAACCGCCUGAUUGCCUGAAAAAUAAUACCAGUUGGUUUGAGAACAUUUUUGAAAAACUACCAACUGAAGGAAUACAGGAAAAUAACAGUGGACUUGAUAACAGGAGUAAAAGUGCUGUUACGUUAAUGAAGAAACUAUGUCAGAAAACUUAAAAGGUAAGCAGUCAUUUUUCAGUCUUUCUGUAGAUUCUUUUUUUGAUAUUUUAUGGGCUAAAAUUAUCCAGAUUGAAUACAGUAUAUGGCAAGAAAGCAAGAAAAACUCUUAAUAAGACCCAUGAUAUUUAUAACAUACUCUUUUUUUGUUUUUCAGUGGAGGGAAAUAAAACCUUAAAUCAUUUUUGCUUUAGAUCA